GUCCUGUCCUGCCCAGGCUGAGUGAAGACACGAGCAGGGAGACCGCAGCAGACGCGGUGCAGCAUCAAAUCGUGAGCAAAUACAACGAAAGUCACCACGCGCCGUGGCACAGCCCGCCGUGCCGCGCCGCAGGGCGUGCCGGGGGAGCCGGGGAGGGCGCUGUUCGGCGGCCCGCCUCGCCGCCCGCCGCGCAGCCGUGGGCCAUGGCCGCGGAACGGCUGAUGGUGCUUUACGAGGACGACUCCGUGGAGGUGCACUAUGCGGACGGGGCCCGCCUGCUGCUGUCCCCCUGCGGCUCCGAGUACCUGUACGAAGAGGCGCUACCCGCCGCCGCCCACCCCCUGCAGCCGGCGGAGAGCACCCGCCAGCGGGUCCCGUUCGCCCUCAGUGCCUACAGGGAGCAAAUCCUGCGAGCUCUCGACUUCCGGAACACGUUUUCUUCUCGGCCGUAUUUACCUUCUCGUAUUAUGUCCCCAGAAAGAAAAAGAAUUAUUUUCAGUGAUAUCUUAGAAGUUAGAUGGCCUGACCCUGCUACUUCUGAUCUGACAAGAUGCAUAAGGAAUGGCAGUGUGAAGAUCUCAUCAGUAGAUGGUUAUGCCCACCUUUAUCUGUCAGAAUUGCAGCAGGAAUUUACUGUGGAGUUCUUAUGUAAAGUCAGCCAACCAUUUGCAACAUCCUCACACUUCUCUCCAAAGAAUAGCAACUAUAAAACCGAAGAUCAGUAUGGAAAAUCAAGUAAAAAUUCUGUUCCAGAAAUGUCAUCAAAACAAAUAAGACUUGAUAAUAAGAACAAUGAAGAUGGUCAUGCUGAAGAUAAACACAGAGAAGCAAUCAAAUCAAACAACCAGAGGGACAGAGAUGGAGUUCCUUUGUUUUAUACAAAUUGUUCUUCUGAAUACACAUGGGUUACACAGCGUUGGUCAAUUUCCUCAUGCCCAGAAGAAUGGAAAUACCCUUUGUCAUUGGCAUUAAUGUGCUACAGCUUACAUACUGUUAAGAAUGUACUGAAGACAUGCGAGGAAAAUAACCAUGCAUCUACCGGAGCAGAUGUUUUACGAGACCACAAAACAUAUGAAGCAGUGUCUCAUUUGCCUGCAGCUUUGCCGAUCAGCUGCAGAGCACCACAUUUACACAGGUGGAGUUUCUGUGACUUCUUUCUACAAAACAGUCAAGAUUCUGAAACGUAUUCAUACCCUCAGCUAAUUCAAAUUGUGUGGUGCAAGGGUGUUUUUUAUAGAUUUAUCCAUGGCAGAAGAAACAUCACAGAAAUUUAUCCUGGUGAUGAAUCACUUUUCAAGUCAGAAGGAGAUUUUUUGGGAAACUACUUCGUACAUUAUGCAAUCCAGAAAGGAAUAAAAAAGAGAGAGGAAAAGAUGUAUUGGGUAAAUAGUCUACCUCCUGAUGUGCCAGGAAGUCAGUACUCUAUAGCUUCCAUUAUUACUGAAGCAACCAAAAUGCUUCGGUACUGCUACAAGACUAAACUAUCAUUAAUUCAUAACUAUCAUCUCUGCUGCUGGAAAAUGGUACCUGAGACAGAUGGACGAGAAACGUUGCCAGUUUUGCUGGAUGAGAAGGUUGUUUAUGGCAUAGGAAGACUUCUUGUAUAUUCAGACCAUAAAGUCCAUGCUGUUUUUUGGGAUGGGAUCUCCUUGAAUAUGGUUUGGGAUUUCAGCUCUUGCUAUACAAAAAUUCAGGUAAAUGAAGAUGUAGGCUGGUGUAAAUUAACUACUCCUGAUGGGGUACAGCAGUUAAUCCAAAUAAGGCAUCCUGGAAUCUAUGAAAGGUACAUCAGAACAGUAAUAGGAUGGUGCAGAAGUUUGAAUGAAAGCAAGGAGGCUCUUGAAUUUACUACACACACUGUAACUGAAGAAAAUUGGUCUGCUGAUGCUGAGCUUGAAAAAAUACAGAGAUUCAACUUUUUAUUGGAUAAUAGCAAUGUUCUGGAAGGGACGUCUGCUGCAAAAAGCAAUCUAUCUGUCAAAAAAACAGAAAAUGGGAACGAUCCUCAGGAAAUCAGCAAAGGACAUGUUUUGGAAGCUCUGCAAAAUACCUCUAGAAUAAUUCAAGACAUUGACUCUCUUCUUGCUGGUGCUGGGAAGUGAAGGCCUUCAUUGUGCACCUACCCAGCACUGUCCCAGCUGUCCUGGGUGUGUGAGGGCUGCGGCAGCUUACAGUGUGGCCUGACCUGCUGUGUGAUGUGGUGUGGAUAGGGGAGAAUGGGCCAAGUGCUGGGGUACAGUAUAUGUGGCAGGGCUGGUCUGGCAGUGCUAGUUGUAAUUGUAAGGGUGUACUGAAUUUCCACUGGAACCGUGUAACUUCACUGUGGGACAGGCUUGUUUCAAAUUGCUCAAAUGAUGGCGGGCGAGGAGGGGCAGUUUUCACAGUGAAAGCAUCCUUUUGUUCAGAAGUUUGUGCCAAGUAGUUAGGGAUUGAACAGAGUUGUCCAAACGGUUCCUGUUUACUGUUUUCUAAUAAAACACGUAUUCAAAAAGUGCUCAGCCCGUCUUUGUGCGCGGUCACUCGGCGGUGCGUGCCGUGCCAAGUGAUGAAGCACCAGCCAUCCGCUGCGGUUUUGUCCCGCGGAGUCGCAACGAGCCUUAGUCCGGCUGCAAAAACAACGGCGUCCGUCCCGCCGCUCCCCUC